UGUGUGUGUGUGUGUGUGUGUGUGUGUGUGUGUGUCUGUCUCAACUCUUCAAGUUGCAGGGGAACAAGUUAAAAACUUUACAAUCCUUAUGCAUGUGCACGUGUAAUGAUAAUGCUUUGCAAAGAUAGCAGCAUUAGAGGAAAUAAAUGAUGUGCACAUAUUUUGUCCAGGGGUUUCAUUUAUUGCCUCUUGGCUACAAUCUGCAGCGUGUCCUUGACUGUUAAACAGUUACAAGACAGAAACAAUGCUGUGCAAAUAUAAGGACAAAAUGCAUCUCUGUAUGUUAAUGGUGCUGCUUCUUCAGCUGUUAUUCAGGACUGCAGCGCAGUCGUGUGCCAAGAGCUGUGGACAGAAGAUAAACACAUGCUCUUGUCACUCAACAUGUGAAUCUCUGAGGGACUGCUGUGCUGAUUAUAAACACUUUUGUCUUGACAUUGAACCACACUCUGGGUCUUUGCUGGGAGGCACAGACUUUAAAAUCCUCAACGCUACAUUUGAGCAGAACAUUAACCUCACUUGCAGGUUUAACUCUGAGAUUCUGACGGAGGGCUAUGUGGAUGAGAGCGGAGUGGGUCACUGCAUCACUCCUCUGCUCUACGAGUCGGGCUGGAUCUCUUUUGAGGUGUCCACGGAUGGAGUCAGCUUUGACAGAUCAGGGCGAUGGCUCUCAGUCCAUCACAGUAAGCUGGGUCCUGAUUACAAGAUCAUUCUGGUCAAUGCCACACAGUGGCAGUACUACGGCACUCCUGACGUCAGCGGGGAUCUAAAGAUGACCUGGAUCCCAUCCCUAAUAAAGGCAGAGAGAGUCAACAUUGAGCUGUGGGGUUACAAUGAGACCGGAGAGGCGUAUUCUCUGAACUGGGAGGCGGAGUGGAAGUAUCUGUACACUGUGGGCAGGGAUGUACCCAACAGUGGAGUUUUCAGUUUCACCCCACAGAUCGCCGAAAAACCAUACUUCCUUUGGGAUCUAGGGAUCAUACGGGUCAGCCCGAGCACUAAACCAGACGGAGCCCAGAAUGUUAACGCGCUGUGGAGUGAAGAGCAUGCGAUCGCCUGGCAUCUUGAGGAGGCUUUCAGGAAGGACUCUGCAGGCUGGGCACUGGAGAAAUGCAUUAAUUGGGAUAGAGAAGAGAAAGCAAUGCCCAGCUUUCUGACUGAGAUCACCGAUUGCCCCUGCACACUGGCCCAGGCCCGUGCUGACACCGGGAGAUUUCAUACCGAUUAUGGCUGUGAUAUGGAGGCAGGUAGUAUCUGUGUUUACCAUCCAGGUGCAGUUCACUGCGUCAGAGCCAUUCAGGGCAGUCCUGAGUAUGGUGCGGGACAGCAGUGUUGUUAUGACAGCUCUGGAGCUCAGGUGCUCACGGGGGACUCGAUGGGUGGCAGCACCCCAGAUCGAGGGCACGACUGGGGCAGUCCUCCGUACAAGAAACCUCCCAGAGUUCCAGGAUUCUCUCACUGGAAGUAUGAUGUCAUCAGCUUCUACUACUGCUGCCUGUGGUCAGACAACUGCAGAUACUACUUCAGUCAUCGCCCGUCCAGUGACUGCAGAACAUAUCGCCCUCCUAGAGUCGCUGCUGUACUUGGCGACCCCCACUUCAUGACGUUCGAUGGUGUGUCUUUCACCUUCAAUGGGAAAGGAGAGUACACGCUGGUUUACUCCUCAGACCGAGAGCUGUCUGUGCAAGGCAGGACUGAACCAGUGAGAUUUGAGAACGGUUCUCUUGCUAAGGCGACACGACUCAGUUCGGUGGCCAUGAGGGAGAAGGACUCUGAUGUGAUCGAGGUGCGUCUCCGAGGCCGAGGAGAUGAGCUGCAGGUCUUAAUGAACCAACAGGUGCUUUCCUUCUCGGAGCAAAGAUGGAUCGACCUUUCGGGUGUUUUUGUGUUUUCCCCUAAAGCCACUAAUGUGACGGUGAUGUUUCCGUCGGGGACGGGGUUAGAGGUCAGGGCAGGUGACGGGGUCAUGACCCUUACUGUUUUACUGCCGCAUGACUUACAGAACCACACGCUAGGGCUGCUCGGCACAAUGAAUGAUGAUCCUGAAUAUGAUCUGAGCGCUAGUAAUGGAGCGCUCAUCUCUCUCAACAGCAGUGCACUGGACAUAUUCACCUACUGUGCUGGCUGGGCCGUUACGAAUGACACUUCACUCUUUACUUAUGACUCUACGUACCUCCUGAAUGAGUAUUACUACGCCCCAAAGCAUGAUCCGUCUUUCAUCCCGAUCUUUUCGGUGACUGAAGACCCCGAGGACCCCCUGCUGGAGCCGGUGCUGAAGCUGUGUGCUGGAGAGGGGGCUUGGUUCUGUAAAUACGAUGCACUAAACAUGCGCAGCCUGGAUCAAGGCAAUGCCACACUGCUGGCCUUCAGGACUCAAGCAUCCACCAAAAGAGAUCUGGAGCCGGUGCGAUCCUGUGGCUGGUUGUCACCACCGAAGCACGGUCAGAAGGAGGGAACCUUGUACCUCGAAGGGUCAAAGGUCACAUUCUGGUGUCACCGUGGAUACAGUCUCUAUGGCUCUGAUGAACGCACAUGUCAAGCAGACGGCGAGUGGUCUGGAGAAGAGACACACUGUGUGGCUGAUGAUACGUUGGCCAUUGUCUUGGGGAGCGUUGGUGCGGUGUUGGCGUUGGUUAUCAUGUUGAUAGCAAUCGUUGUGUACACAAAGAAACAGAGGAAAGAGGCGUGGAAACAUCAAGAUGACAAGGUGACCUAUCAGCAGCCUGGGACACAUCUGUGAUGUUGUACAUCCUUAGACAUUUGUAAAAAGACAGUAGACUUGUUUAAAUCUUAUGUUUCUAAUUUAACGUUCUUUGUUUUAACAUUAGUUUUAGUCUGUGGUCAGUAGUUUGGUGUGUGUCUUGACUGAAGUGUCUGACUCUAGAAUGAUCCACAGGGUCUGUAACAUUGACUCAUACUGCUGUUGAUGCUGUAAAGUUCAGUGUAGAUGUGUGUUGUCUGGCUAUGGACCAAAAAAGAGACUCCACCACCUCCUGAGGAUAGUAAACCAAAAAUCUGUUCCAAAACCUAUUCAGGUGCCCAUUUUAAGGCAUCGUAGAAGUGCUUCUGAGAACAAAAUGAUGAUGCCUUUAUAAAGAAUACUCAUUGCAUUGCACUGUAAAAAAAAAUCAAUCAGUAAAUCGCCUCAGCAUGUUUUUCUAUGUUUAACUCAUCAAAUUAAUUUAACUAAUUUUGAACUUAUUUUUUCUAGUUACGCAAGAUUUAUUUAGUCAGUUUAAUGUAAUUUAAUUUGAACAGCCAAUUAGAUUGCACUUAAAAAAAUGUAAAGCUGAAACUGAA